GCUCCAUCCCUGAUGAAAGGCCAGUUCUGCUGACAGAGCCCGUGGCUGAGCAACCAGAGCUUCUCCAUUGAAAUGCAGACUCUGGUUUUGCAUCUCGGUCUCAGAAAAGGUUUUCUACUGAGAUGUUCUCCGGUUUAAGUGCAAAAUCACUUGUGGAUUGAUUGAAGGGCCGUUCUCAUUCUGUGCUCAGGGUGCCUCUGUUCACAGACCUUCUAACAAAACUCACUGCGUUUCUGAGCCACUUCCUCCCCUCCCUACAUCCUCACACUGGCACCUCUUUGUUUCCUAUUGAGAAAAUGAAACAGUAAGAAAUGCACCGGGCAGAAAUAUGGUUAUGUAAUAGGAGACUGGCGCUGCUAAAUCUGAUUUCAUUGACAAGGUCUUUGCAGCUGAAGGCAGCUGUUGGCUGUGCUGAUAACUGCUGUCCGUGUCUGGAGACUUGGGUCCCGUUCGGGGCUGUGAGGUCUGGGUUUGUCCUUUUUGUGUCCCCCGCCUCCCUGCUGGCGUCACUGUCGAUGGCUCAGAUGAGCUCCGUGCUGUGUGUGCAGCUGGUUUCCCUCCCCGCUGCGUUCCAGUGGCACUUGGUCAGCAGCCGUGGGAGAGGACUCCUUCUCGCAGAGCUGCCAGCCAGGCCAGAUGGCCGCUCCAGAGCAGGCUGUGGCCGCUGUCCUGUCUCUGCAGAGCGGCCCGGCCGGGUCUGGCUGUGUCACGUGCAGAAUGGAAAGCUGAUACCUUUGCGGGCAAUAACCAAAGCCAGUGUGCAGCGUGGAUGCCGUGUCCCCAUUUGGUAGGUCAGGGAGGGAGCUGAGCAUGGCCUCCGGCUGGAGAGAGAGCCCUGGGGAUGGGGGAAGUGAGGCUGCGUCUUCCCCCACCACAGCUCUGCUGGAAGGCUUCGACAUCUGAGAGAGCACCAGCUUCAUAGAGGAGCACAUUGACCGGCAGGUGUCCCCCAUCGAGAGCUUGCGCCUGAUGUGCCUCCUCUCCAUCACGGAGAACGGUCUCAUCCCCAAAGAUUACCGGUCCCUGAAAACCCAAUACCUGCAGAGCUACGGGCCUGAGCACUUGUUGACCUUCCACAACCUCAAGCGCAUCGGGCUGCUGACCGAGCAGUCGGCCGCAGAGACGCUGACCGCUGUGGAGAGCAGAGUCAGCAAGCUGGUGACAGACCGUGCUGCCGCUGAGAGCCAGCCCUCUGCCCCUGGGGAGCUGGGAGCACAGCCCUGCCCUGCUGGGAGCUGCUGCUCCAGAGCCGGAUGGAAGCACGCAGCAAAAGUGGACACUGCGGGCACAGAGCUACGAGCAGGGCAGAGCUUUGGCCCAUGGGAGCAGCAGGGCUGGCAGGGGCUGCUGCUGGUUCUCUUCUGGAGCCCGGAACUCUGUGCGUCCCUCUGCCCAGCUGUGACUAAUCCUGAGGCUCUGAGCUGUUUCUUCUCCUCUUGUUUUCCAGGAAAGAUCACAGAUGCAUUUAAUUCUUUGGCCAGAAAGAGCAAUUUUCCAGCUAGAAGCAAGAAGCUGGGGUUGGUAUGUCCUUGUGGAGCUGCUGCCUUGCCCACGUGCCCGCUGGUGCCAGAGCAGCUCUGGUCACUCUGUGCAGGCUGGGCACCCUCAGAGACACCCACGGCACAGGGCCAGAGCUGCUGUGGCAGUGGGGUGGCAGAGGGAGACGAGGGAGCAGAGGGGUUCAAGAAUGGCAGAGAGGUUCCAGAAUGGUAAAGGGCUUUGGGAAUGCCAAAGGGGUUCAGGGGUGCCAGAGGGGUUUGGGAAUGGCAAAGGGGUUCAGGGGUGGCAGAGGGGUUUGGGAAGGGCAAGGCGGUUCAGGGGUGGAAGAAAGAUUCCAGAAUGCCAGAGGGGCUCAGGAAUUGCAGAGGGGUUUGGGGGUGCCAGAGGGAGU